UUUCAAUGUCAAUGUCAUGGUAAAUUGUUUUUAAUGUCAAAUCAAAAUUUAUUUUGAUUUGAUAAACAUUUGGAGUGUUUGCGGUUUUCCAACAAAUUAUCUAAAAAUGGGUUUAUUUGGAAAAUCUCCCGAGAGUAAUCCAAAGGAAAUGGUAAAUGAAUGGUCUCAUAAGCUUCGUAAAGAAGGGUAUAACCUGGACAGACAGAUAAGAGCUAUCCAAAGAGAAGAGGACAAAAUCAAAAGGUCCCUGAAGGAAGCGGCCACUAAGAACGACAAGCAAGUCUGCACAAUCCUAGCCAAGGAGAUCAUCAGGUCGAGGAAGGCAGUCAGUAAAAUAUACACAAGUAAAGCCCACCUCAAUUCAGUACAGAUGCAAAUGAAAAAUCAAUUAGCAACAUUAAGGGUGGCAGGAUCAUUGCAGAAGUCAACAGAGGUGAUGCAAGCAAUGCAAGCACUCCUCCGUCUACCAGAAAUAGCACACACGAUGCAGGAGCUGAGCAAGGAGAUGAUGAAGGCGGGCAUCAUCGAGGAGAUGCUGGACGAGACCAUGUCAGGCAUGGAGGAUGAGGAGGAAAUGGAGGAGGCUGCACAGACUGAAGUUGACAAGGUACUGUGGGAGCUAACGCAAGGCAAGUUGGGCGAAGCGCCGGCGCCGCCGACCGCCGUGGGAGCCCCGUCGACCAGCAAGGAGCCAGUGGAGGCGGAGCCCGACGAAACGGAACUCGACGAGAUGCAGUCCCGGCUCGAAGCCCUACGGUCUUAGGAUAUAAUGAUAUGCCAUGGACUUUUUGAACGUCAUAAUUAUGCUGGAUAUAAAGAGAGAUUUUAUACAAAUAAAAACGCCUUUAAAUAAUUAUUUUAAAUGUUGCAAUUAUUGUCUUCGCAUUAAAGAAUAAUAUUGUUGUAUUAAUAUUAAUAAAAUAAUUAUGUAUUUACAAUAAUAGGACAAUAGCUUGUGGUAGUCAGACAUACCCAUGAAGGUUAAAAAUUUGUCAACUUGGACUAGUCAGCGACUUGAAAUGCAGAGGGUCUGGACCUGUGAAACCUGCCACUUUCCAAAGCCACUACAAUCCAAAAGUCAAAAAAACUCAAAUUAAAAAAAAUUGGGUAGUUGACUCAUAUCAAAUUUAAUAUAAACUAUAUUAAUUUCGAAUACUACAUGGAAUAAGGGUUCGAAAUGUAUAUGUAUAUUCAUUAAGAUAAGUUGAGGUUUUUUUAAUUAAUUUAAAAAUUAUGUAUUUUUUUUUAUUUUUCCAAACCUAAAAAACGCUGUCGUCUAUUUUGUGACGUUAUGAUGUAACUUGAUGUCACUACCAUUAGAGGAAUAAACGUCAAACAUACAGUGGAAUUCAUAGACGUUGCAGGGGUACCCCCAGGGGAUCAUUCAGCCGCUGAGUGUCGAAUUUAACCUCUAUUUGUUUGAGAAUUUGACACUCAGCGAGUGAAUGAUCCCCUGGGGGUGCCUCUACAACGUCUAUGAAUUCCACUGUAAGGCAUGACCAAUUUUUUUCUUCUCUUUGCCUUGAUAUUAAACGGUUUAGUGUUUACGUGAUGCCAUGUCAUAAAUAAAAUAUAGACCAUCAUGGCUGAUAGCGUUUUGACUCAUAUUGUCAAAAAAAUGUUUAAAAAUCAUUAUUCCAUGUCUCAAAAAUAUGAUAAUUUUUUUCAAUUUAGUAUAAUUAUAAUGAACAAUUUUAUGACCAUUUAAAAAGUGUUAACUAGCUUUUUUGACUACCAUGCAUACUAAUGGUAGGAACAUGCGUUGUCACACCUUCAGCCUCAUAAAAUGAAGUAUGUCUGGCUAUUGCUGGCUCUUAGUCAAUAAGUUUUGUUAAGAGAUGUUAAUGUUGCUUUAUAUAAGUCGUGUAUUUAUUAAAAUUAGAUAACUUUUUAUAUAUAACAAAAAUACUUUUAAACUAUCAAACAAUAACCCGAUUGGUUGACUUGUGCUUAUUCUGUCAUCAUUAUCGGCAUGUUUUACACAAGGCCAGACCUUGCUUGGAUAUGGAGCUAAGACUCGCCAUGCUGUAGGUAAUGUAUGUAUUGGGCUACGGAGCACGCCUUUAACUUUUGCUUACCUGCGCCAUUUUGUUUUAACUUACUUACGGGGUCUUUGAAGUAAGGGUAAAUUACAAAAAUAGGCAUAAUAUUCUGAAAUUUGAGAAGAUCUACCUAUUAAGACCUAUUAACAGUAUUUUUUGCAACAGCAUUUUUUUUUUAGUCUAUGACAAGUUAGCCCUUGACUGCGAUCUCACCUGAUGUUAAGUGACGAUGCAUAAGAUGGAAGCUAUAUUACAGCUCUACUCAAUGGUUACCAACAAACAAAUUAGAAACGAAGGAAUUAAGGUAGAAAACGCAUGUGUGCAUAAAGAAACUAUUUUCUACUACUACUUCGCCCGCGACUUUGUCCGCGUGAAAUUUAGUUCUUCACAAAUCCCUCGGGAAUGUUAUCGCCGUUUAGUGUUGGAAAUAGUAGUCUGUGACGGAUAUGACGCCGCUCGAUCUCGUGUUGGCUUCAGUGUGCUCGUGGCGUUCGAGCCGUCCACAUCUCUUGUUGUGUAAUUCUUUAAGGGUUACUUAGGAUAGGCGGGGAGAGUGACUUGAGUGGAAAUGGGGAGUGUUAGUCGACUGUCAAAGGAUCCUUUAACCCUACACACAUCGUUCACAAGUACGUGACUCCACUCAAGGUCAUUCUCUGCCAUUCUAGGGUCUUAUUUUGGUUACAGUUUAAUUUGUUAAUUAAGUUGUCCUGACAAGUGUUGUGAAUCAUAACCUUUGUUCGACAUUAGUUUUCUUAUAUUUGUAAUCACUUUUGGAGUCCUAUAAUAUCAGAAGUGCGAUAAAGAACUGGUGCCCACAUAGUGAAUAAAGAUAACGACGUAAUUUAAAACUAACCUAGUUCAGGCCAAUCGUUUUACAUUUCUUUGUUAAUAUGGUAUGAGAGCAUUUUUUAUAAAAGAGGGUAACAAAUUAAUUGAGUAUAGUACACUGAUGAAUUUUACAUUACGGUAUUGUUAAAUUGGAAUGUAAAUAGUGUGUGAAUCGUGAUUUCAAGUUUAAGUUGUGGACGGUAUAACUUUAGUAUUGACGGCAAUGACAGAAAUUGUUUAGAAAUUGUGUUCCAUGGUAUUCUAGAUGAAAUUUUGCGUUUUAAUAUUAUGACAAGACGCGAAAUGUUGCCGUAUAGAUUUUGUGUUAAUAAUUCAACUUAUAACUGUUUGAAAUUUGUGAAUUGUGGUUACCGGAUUAAGUAACCCUUCCCAUUUUUCGAUAAAUAUGAGUCAUAUACGACGUUACAUACAAUGGUGACUUGAACUAUAGGUACAUAACCCUAGAUACACGGGGUCCAUACACACUCAUUCGAUUAAAAAUGAGUCAUACACGACCUUCAAUAGUGGUUUGUACACGCUCAAGUUGUCAGUGUAAACGCAACUGCACCAGACACGAACGCGAUCCAGGGACGGAUGCGCCACCAGGAUGGCCGAAUGUUAUCGCCGUUUAGUGUUGGAAAUAGUAGUCUGUGACGGAUAUGACGCCGCUCGAUCUCGUGUUGGCUUCAGUGUGCUCGUGGCGUUCGAGCCGUCCACAUCUCUUGUUGUGUAAUUCUUUAAGGGUUACUUAGGAUAGGCGGGGAGAGUGACUUGAGUGGAAAUGGGGAGUGUUAGUCGACUGUCAAAGGAUCCUUUAACCCUACACACAUCGUUCACAAGUACGUGACUCCACUCAAGGUCAUUCUCUGCCAUUCUAGGGUCUUAUUUUGGUUACAGUUUAAUUUGUUAAUUAAGUUGUCCUGACAAGUGUUGUGAAUCAUAACCUUUGUUCGACAUUAGUUUUCUUAUAUUUGUAAUCACUUUUGGAGUCCUAUAAUAGGAACUAUGGAUUUUUUCGGGAUAAAAAGCCUAUGUGUUAAUCCAGGCUAUAAUAUAUCUCAAUACCAAAUUUCAGCUAAUUCGGUUCAGUAGUCGAGGCGUGAAUUAGUAAAAAACAUUCAUAUCAUCAAAAUCAUCAGGUUUCGUAAAUCUCGGGAUACCAUGGAUUUUUCGGGAUAAAAAGUAGUCUAUGAAAUGACAUGCAUUUUCUACCUUCAUUACUAAUUUUUUCGUUGGUAAACAAGGCUGUAUAAUUAUUAUUACUUAAACACCGACCAAUAUUUGGUAAUGACUUCUGCUUUCUGUUUGUAAAAAUAUUGCAUAUCUUGUUAAAGAUGUUUGCUAUCUGAAUUAUUCAAUAGUAUUUAUUAUUAUCUUAUGUUAUUCAGAACGUUUUAAGUAAUUAUUUUUAAUGUAAAUACUUUUAAAUAUUAAUAAAUGCACUACUACUA